AAUGCAAUUGAUUACGGAUAUUGAUAAGUAUUUUACAUUUUGUACAAAAAGGUAUAACAGACGAAUAGCUUUCGUAGUACAUUUGUGUCGUCUGCUGUGCUACAGGAUAUUUAAUCUUCGGCAGGCGAUGCAUACCAAAUGAAUGCACAUGGACAUAAACUACGUCAACGAGAUGUUCCAGUGCUGUUUAUCCAUUAAAAUAAGACCAGUGGUUAAGUUAUUUAAUCACCAACCAGAAAGAGGAAACUCAUGAUACGUUGCUUACAUGCGUCCAUGCAGUACAUUUACUUGAGAGAUCGAUUUAAAUCGCUUGUUCACAUAAUAUUAUUUUACCCGAUAAUUAACAAAAAUGGAUAGGUGGAAAUAUAUACUGUGUAUAUAUCUAACGUUACUUUUCUCCAACUUUUCCUGGUUACAAGUUGCGGCAUCUGAUUAUGUUCCCAUAAUUCAAAGUGCGUUUCCUCCUGUGUGGCAUACAAAUUACUACGACCGAAUAGUUGGAGGAGCUGUAUGUAGUCCUUAUGGGAUACCAGCAGCCGAUCCUAAGUACAUCUCCGAAACAUAUUACACGGGAACAACGACAUGGAAUGAACUCCACCCUGAGACCACUCUUAUUAUCAUUGGAUGUCCCUACGGAUUGGAAACGAAAUCACUAGAAAGUGAUUUAAACAAUGGCUACGUAGCAAAAUUCAAACUACUUAUGCAUUUUCAUUACGAAGGUUGCAUUCUGAGGUCACUUUCUAACAACGCUUUCAAAGGACUUUCUCGACUCCGUGUAGUGCUUUUAAAGUCUAUCAAUCUUCAUUUUGUGAGUACAAACGCUUUUAAAGACCUUGUUAAUUUGAUAUGGUUGAGUAUGGACAACAAUGAGCUGAAUAAAAUCACAACGGAACAUUUCUGUUAUAAUUCUAAACUGGAAUUUUUGCAGUUAAGAUCAAAUAAACUUGAUGGUAUAAGAGAAACACACAAUGUAAGUAAUGGAACGUGUGCUAAUCUGACCUUUAAUUCUCUUGUUCUGGACAACAAUGCCAUUGUUGAAAGCAAAAUAAACUAUCGAUCAUUUCGCGUCAAUAGUGUUCUGUCACUAAUAAACUGUAGCUUAAAGAAAAUAAGUAAAGAAUCCUUUGAAGGCCUUGAAAACCUGUUGGAUAUUGAUUUGAGUGAUAAUGAAAUAACAUAUUUGGAUGAAAACACUUUUGAUGACAUGCGAAAUCAAUUACAGAUAAUAUUUUUAUCAAAUAAUCGCCUAGUCUAUCUUCAUUCGGACUAUUUUAGAGUUUUGAAUAUAUCGUACCUUAUGUUGGAUCACAAUGAUAUUGAAUUCAUAAAUGGAUCAUUAUAUCAUAUACAUAAUUUAAAGGUGCUGGAUAUUUCUUCAAAUAAACUUCAAUGUGUGUCAAGAUUGUUUCAGAAUAUGACUAAAUUAACAGUUCUAAACAUCAGUGACAAUUAUAUCCAAAGUGUCAAAGGAGACGAGUUUUACCUUACAAAUGGAAUUAAAAAAUUGGAUUUCUCUAGAAAUUUGCUGCUUAAUAUACCAGCGAAGCUGUUUGCAAAUCUUGAAAUGCUAGAAGAACUGAGGCUGGACUCAAAUAAUAUUACUGUUAUCAGUAAUAAAGUGUUUUCGAAAUGUACAAAACUUUCACAUUUGUAUUUAAGCAAAAACAGUUUAGAAAAUAUAAAUCUCUUAGAGCUGCAUUCAGACAAGUUAAUAUACCUUGACAUAACUGAUAACAAACUCACAGAACUACCGACAGGGUAUAACGAGUCCACUCGAACGUGUUAUAGUUAUUUAAGCUUGCAAACAUUGAAUGCGAGUAGAAACAAAAUUGAGUCUUUUUUAUUCACUCAGGAACUUAUCAUUGAGUUUCAACAACAUAGAACACGUCCCAGUUUUAAGUCAUCUGCCAAAGCUAAACCAAAUCGAUUUGAGGGGUAACAGAAUUGUAAAGCUCGCACCUCAAAAUGUUCUUUGUUCAGAAGAAAGCCCCUUGCGAAAACUUGAUAUUGGUGACAAUAAGAUUGAAACCAUAGCCACUGGAAUUUUUGAGAAGUGUACAAACCUUGAAAUCUUACUUUUGGACAAUAACCAUUUAAGUACUAUGGAUGCACAGUUUCCAGUAUCACUAAAGGUACUACACCUUUCUCGCAACAAAUUUAGUUGUGAAUGUGCUUUGGCGCCUUUCGUAGACUACCUUAAGUUACUAAAAACAGAUAACAUUACAUGUGCUGUAAAUGGCAAUGACGUUGACAUUAAAUCAGCUGGUAUUAAACCCUGUGUAAGCAAUAUACUUCCGCAUGUUCUUAUUGAAAGUCUAGUUCCUCUUGCAAGUGUUUUACUGCUAGCUGGAAUAAUAUCUGUGCUUAUAUUUCGGUAUCGAUAUGAAAUUGAAGUAAUAGCCUUCUAUAAAUGGAACAUACGUUUCCGUUGUUGCUGCAGAAAACGAAAGUCUGAACCUGUGAAUUAUAAGUACGACGUCUUCGUUUGUUUUGCGGAAGAGGAUAUUAGCUAUGUAACUAGCACACUUGUCCCACUUCUUGAGCCUAAGUUUAAGUUAUGUAUUUACUACCGGGAUUUUCCACUAGGUGAAGACAUUGCAGAGGCCAUUUUGGAAGUAAUAGAAUCCAGUGCUGUCACUCUUGUAGUUCUUUCUCAAUUUUUCAUCCAGAGUCGAUGGGGGACAUUUGAAUUCAGAAAUGCACAUCACCAUAGCAUGCGGAACCAUGAUAAAAAGCUCUUAAUUAUUGUCCUUGAAAAUUCUGUUUUGGAGAUGAAAUUAGACCUGACACUACGAAGUAUCUUGUAUUCCAAGGCCUAUCUUACGAAAGACGACAAACUAUUUGAACAGAAACUUUUGCAUGCCAUGCCAGAUCGUGCGUUUGAAGAUCAAUCCCGUGUAAAUUUCGAAGACGAACUAUUGAUAAAUUAACCAAAAGCACCAACGCGGAGUUUAAACCGGUUAAUGUUAAACACCAGUAUUAGUUAUCUCAUGCUUAACCACCGCCGUGCCCGAAUGAUACAAACUGUGUUAAUCGAAGUAAUCCCCUUGGACACUGGUAACAAAUGACACAAUAUGCAAAUAGCCUGCUUGUUCUAAUCACUGCUAGCUUUCAGUAAAUAUGGAGGUGGACAUAGAUGUAAAUAAAUGAUGUAAGCGGCUGUAAAAGAACUUCAUGUAUGAUGCACAGUUUCACGGCUGCAUCUCCCGUAGACAGAUUGUUCUCCAUAAAAUUGCAUUAUUCUUAAAGUUUUGACCGUAAUAGAACAGUAAACAAACUUAAAGUAGUG